UAUCAUAGAGCGACUAUGGGUAUCUUUGAAAACUUAAUAUAUACUUGGGUAAUGUUCGUGGUCUUUGUUUUUGAAACAAGCGCAAAGGUGAAUGGAAGAAACCAUGGAUUAGUCCUCAAGGAAGAAGUUGUCUCAAUUUAUAAUGAAAACUUCACUGACAUUCCCAAGGACAGGGAGCCCUAUUAUGUUAAAGUUCAACGAUGUAUCAUCGAUAAAGAUAAAAUUCCUAAUUGUGUAUUUUGCUGGCCCCAACCAAAUACGACGAUAGAAGUCGAGAUUGUCGUUCCUGAUUUAAAAAACUACACAAAAUUUUACAAAUAUAUUGUAUAUCAUCACACUUCUUGUUACCUGGAAAAGAAGCGACAGCCGUAG